AUGUCCGACAGUCUCCACUUUCACUCGUCCAUGGACGUAUCUGCGCAGACCCCCGGCAGUUCCACCGGCACCCCCAACAGCCGCGGCACAAAACGCAAAGAGUCGGAUCUGGAACCUCUCACUCUCAAGAACGAAUUGAGCCCCGGACACAUCUCUCACGUCACUCACGAGAGUCCUCUCAACUACGCGAGCGACUCGGCCCACGGCAAAGACCCCUCCGGCUCGGGCAAGGACACACCUGGCUCCGCAGAAAAGCCGUCGGGGAAACGCAUCAAGACGGCACGAGCUUGCGACUCCUGUCGCCGAAAGAAGAUUCGCUGCGAUGUCAUCGACGAUGGCGGCCCGCCGCUCGGCUCGGUCAAUAACGGCAAUGGCGGUCUCGUCUGUGCCCACUGCAGGCAAUACGGAUUCGAGUGCACCUUCUUCCUGCCCAUCACAGAGACGCGCUUCAAGAAAAAGUAUCAGAGGGAAGCGGAGGAGGCAGCCGCCGCCGCCGCCGUAGCUUCUUCUUCGGGUUCCAAUGGUAUCAUGGCCGGCCAGAUGCCCAUGCAUGGGGGAGGUCACGCCGCGGGUCACCCAGCCUAUCCUGGCAUCAUGUCAACGCAGCCGUACAUGGGCGCCCUGCACGAUCCAGCCGGCUUCCAAGCGAUCCAAGCUGGCCUUGCUCAGCAAGGCUGGGGCGCUCGCGUCCUGCCGCAGCACAUCCAAAGCUCGCACCUCCCUCGAGGCGGCGGGCAGCAACCACAGCCGCAGCGACAGAUGUCUCAACCCACUGCUCAACAGCCACGACGGAGUCCCUCCCACACGCCUCCACCAGAUACCCGCGUGCUCGGUCCCACUUCGAUCGCCUACCUUGUCCACUCGACUGCUUUCAUCCCAGGCGCCGCCAUCGAGGCCCACGACAUCAAGCACAACCAGACCUUCGAGGUCGGAGCGAGCGGUGACGGCAUCAUUCGCUUCCACCGCGCCAAAGUCAGUGGUGCAUCGGGUCCGGGGGCGGACAAAGCGGCUGCAGCUACAUCUACGACUGAUCCGUACGAGGAAGAAGUGACGCGCAUACCUGAGUCCAUCAAAGGCCGCCUCGCGGGCGACGUGGCCGAAAAGCUCGUCAACACGUACUUCGAAAAGGUCGCCACCCUCUUUCCGGUCGUCACUAAGUCCGAGUUCCUUCAUCUGUCGCCCACACCGCCCCUGCUGCUCUAUGCCAUCUGCGGUGUCUCCGCGCUGAGUCGCCAGGUACCCAAGGAGGUGCUGGGCGCUGUCAAGAUGACGAUCAACGCUUUGUUCCGAGAGAACGAUUUCUUGUCUUCCUCCAACUCGGUGACCGUCCGUGCGCUCCUCGUCAUGUCGUUGCACGCCGACUUGCACGGGCCCGCGGCACUGCAGAGCGGCACCCGCUGUUGGAACCGGACUGGCGCUGCCAUCCGCAUGGCACAGGAUCUCGGCUUGCAUCGCGAUGCCAGCGGCAAGGAUGAAUUCUCGCACGACGCCUUCUUCUUGGAGCAGAAACGCAGGAUCUGGGGCUGUUGCGUCACUGCCGAUCGACUGCAGAGCAUUUCGCUCGGUCAUCCCAUGAUGAUCGAUCUCACUGACUGCGACGUGCGCCUUCCAUCGCCCUAUGAGAUUCUGCGAUCGUCCAGCGACCUUCCCUCGGAUCCAUCGACCGACCGUCCUUUCGCCUACAACACCGAGAUGCUCAAGCUCACCAUCCUCUUUGGCCGCGUCAUGAAGACUAUCUACAGCCCGACCGGUCUCAUGAACGCCACGGACGAGGAGAUCCUUAGCCUGCUCCGUGACAUCGACGCCUGGAAGGCAGCUCUACCCGAGGAGCUCGUGUUCAAUGGAGCCGACUCGAGUGCACCAGCAGGCAUCUUGCACGUUGGAUUUGCAUGCCUCAUGAUGCUCUUCUUCCGUGUGUUCAUGCGCAUCUCGUACAUCUGCCCUACGCACCUCAAGUUCAGUCUUACGAUCGAGCGGAUGAGCUCGCUGAUUCAGUACUCGACCGAGGCUAUUGCGUGGGUCGACAAGAACGACUUCUACCUCGACACGAUGCAGAUCGUCUCGUACUGCCUCGUCUCGUGUGCCACCGUCCAGUACCACGCUUUUGUCCGCCGCGGUGACCAGAACGCUCUGCUGCAGCUCAAGAAGGUUAACGAUAUCAUGGGUCGCUACCGUCGCGAGAAUCACGAUGCCGACGAUGUGGGCAUGCGCGGCAAAGCGGCGAGCGUCAUCUCGCUCCUCUGCGACAGUGCGGUUGGCGUGUACGACAACACGCCUUCUAGCGGAACUUUGAACCCCACCGCCGGUGUCACGAAUCGCAAAUCGCGCGAAAAUGUUCGCGGCAUUGUCUUUAAACCCGAUGCAUCUCGACCCGGAGGCGGCGUGUAUGUUGCUGCUGACCAGAGGCACGUAUUGCAAGAUCUGCCAAAGGGGACCAUCAUCAUGCAGGAGACACAGGACGGCAGCCGCGUCCCUGCGCUGGUGCGAACGGGCAACGCACAGAAUGGAGGAUGGCAGACGUACGACCAGUACCGCGCAGCUUUGGGCUUGUCGACCAACAAAGACGGGCAGGACAACUUCGCAGCCGCGCUUGCCAAUGGUGGAUUCGCCAUGCUCAACAGCGUCCACUCUUCGGCAGGGCCUUCUGGCCAGCAAAAGGGGGACAGCGCCACCUCGGCCAAGGUGUCGGGCACUUCGACCAUCACCAGCUCGAUCCCUGCCUUCCCUUCGUCGACGGCCAGCUCGGCGGACGCCAACCUGGAUCUCGUCCACCUCGGCGGCGACGUGUACCAGGACGCGGAAGGUCUGCCCGUCACUCGCGCCGGUGCUCGUCUCUUGACGAUGGUGCCAGUUGGGCCGAACGCGAUUAGCGAAAACAACGCCUUCCUCGACUCCAACUUCUUUGCUGGCUUCUCCGGUGCCGGCAACAACGACGGAAGCACUGCAUCAGGGACGGGCGCCAGCAACAAUUGCUUUGACACCAUGGCCAACCUCGGCUUCAGCAAUGGCAGUGGAGCGCAGCUGUCGGUGGCCAAGAACGCCAUCGGCCCCGCAAGUCCCAGUUUCAACUUCAACCCGCAUCUCAAUAAUGCCUACUGGGCGCCGGCAGAGUUUGUCUUUGAUGGAUCGCAGGGUGUUGGUGGCGAUGCAGCGGGGGUCAACGGGGGAAAUGGAGCGGCGGGUGGAGGAGCCAACGCGGUGGCAAGCAUGCUCGGCGGACGGGUGGAUGCGAACAUGCUCGACGGCAUCCCUGGUGCUCCGCUUGACUUUGCCAAUUGGGACGCCUAUUUCAGCCGCAUUAACCAGGGUUCGACGGAUGGCGACCAACAGCAGCAAAGGCCGUCGGACGAACAGCAGAACGGUGACGGCACAGGCUUUGCCAACACCACGUUCGGCAUCGAAGCGCAGAUGAUGGACGCUGGUCGAUUUUGA